CUGUAAUGAGAGAUUUUCCCUCACCACUCAAACCCAACUUCCUGUGUGAGUGUCGUAAUCAGAAUCGAGCGAUGGAGACGAAGCCCAGUGAGAUCAGCAGCGGCAAGAUGUUCGGAGGCUACAACAAGAGGUUCAAACAUUUCAGCCCCACACUCGGCUGCUCCAUGAACUUCCACAUCUACUUCCCUCCUUCGCCUUCUCCCUCUCACAAAUUCCCAGUUCUGUAUUUUCUGUCUGGCCUCACAUGCACCGAUGAAAACUUCCUAUUCAAGUCUGGUGCUCAACGCGCAGCUGCUGCUGAGGGCAUUGCCUUGGUUACUCCCGACACUUCCCCAAGAGGCUUGAAUGUGGAAGGAGAAGCCGACAGCUGGGACUUUGGAGUAGGUGCUGGAUUUUAUCUCAAUGCCACACAAGAGAAAUGGAAAAAUUGGCGCAUGUAUGACUAUGUUGUCAAGGAAUUGCCAAAGCUUCUCAGUGAUAAUUUUCCACAGCUCGAAACAUCAAAGGCUUCUAUAUUUGGUCAUUCUAUGGGCGGACAUGGUGCUCUGACUAUCUACCUGAAAAACCAGGAUAAGUAUAAGUCAGUGUCUGCCUUUGCUCCGAUUACAAAUCCUAUAAAUUGUCCUUGGGGACAGAAGGCAUUCUCAAAUUAUCUCGGUGACAAUAAAUCUGAUUGGGAGGAGUAUGACGCGACUUGUUUGGUAACGAAGUUUCCCAAUGUCUCUUCCUCCAUUUUGAUUGAUCAGGGCGAAGAUGACCAUUUUUUUCCUCAUCAACUGCUGCCACAAAACUUUGAAGAGGCUUGCAGAAAAGCCAAUGUUCCGCUACUGUUACGUUUCCAACCUGGUUAUGACCACGGUUACUAUUUUAUAGCCACAUUCGUAGAUGAUCACAUCCGACAUCAUGCACAGGCUCUUAGGCUUAAUUAAGAUGUGUGCACUUUGAUGAAUUAUGUACUUUUCUGAACUCUGCUGAAUCUACUCUGUUAAUUUUCUCCUAGUACUUCCUUGGGUUGCAUUUCAGUUUGGAAUGAAACUUGUUUCAUUUUAGUUAAAAACUAAUCCUUUGUCUACUAUGAAAUAUGCUUUUUCUUCU